CUCUGCGAAGCAGGGGCCGUCGGCAACCCAGGAAGCGAAACCCGAAGACCCUAAUCCGGACCCCCCCUCCACCAUGAAGGUGAUCCUUUUGGACGGCGACGCGGAAGAGGAUGAAAAAGGAGUGGAGGAGAGAGGAGACGCUCCAGUGGUCGACGAGCCUGAGGAAGCAGCCAUAGUCGAGAAAAAACCAACGACCGACAGUGCAGUGGAGAGAGCCGUCAUCGCAGAAGAAGGGGUCGACGGCGGAACUGAGGUGGUGGCUGCCACUGGAGAUACUGAAGAGACAUCCGCCGGAGAUGUUGAAGAGGUAUUCGCCGGAUUGGACAGCAAGGAAGUCGUCGAAGCAGGGGAGGAGGAGGCUGCUGAAGCGGACAGUGAGUUGGCUGCUGAAGAGGGCGAGCCGGCUGCCGAAGAGGACGAGGUGGCUGCCGAAGUGGACGAGGAGGUCGCUGAAGAGGGUAAAGAGAUGGCCGCUGAAGAGGACAAAGGGGUGGCCGCUGAAGAGGACAAAGAGGCAGCUGUUGAAGAGGACAAAGAGGCGGCCGUUUGCGAGUCGAUGGACGAGGACGCACCGACGAUAGACCUGUGCUCGGAGGCAGACGAGAGGGAUGUAGACGACAUGGACGAGGAGGCGGUCAAGGUCGAGCUGAAAGGGGACGACCCGGAAAAUCCGCCGGAGGAGUAUGAGGCCGGGAAGGAGAAUGAGUCGCCCAUUUUGAAUGGAGGCGACGUGGUCGGCCUGCCCGCCAUGGGGCUCAAGGAGGACCUGGACAUGGAACAGGUCUUGGCCAUCGAGCCAAAGAAGCGCCGCCGCCUGGCUUCCUCUGGCUACUCCAGCCUUGCCGAGCUCAAGAAGGCGCUGGGGGUGACGGACGGCUCGGACGCGGCUCCGGACGGCUCCAAGCGCAUCAAGUUCGAGGACGGCGCGGAGUCGGACAAAGGGGUCCUGACGGAGUGCAAGCCCGAGGAGGGGGUGAGCCAGACGCCUCCGCCCGUGGGCAUCCCCGUGGGGCCCAACCUGGUGGUGCUGAGCAGGGCCCAGCUGGAGGCGUACGUGGCCCAGCGGGUGCGGGAGUGCCUGGCCCUGCAGGGGCAGGCCCUGCUCCAGCCCAUGGAGAAGAAGUGCGAGACGCUGCACCGGGCCCUGGAGCGCUGGCGCCGCCGCUCCUUCCAGCUCCAGAAGCAGCUCAACGAGUUCGUCUGCGAGCAGGAGCGCUGCGCGGGGGCACGCAGGAACAGGGUGAUGCAGCGUUCAGUCGGGGUGUGCGUCCGGAUGCCGCCGCUGAAGCAGCAGCCGACUUUGACCCCGAUCGUGGCCACCUCAAGGCCGACCAUAUCCACGGCCAAUUCCACGGUCGCAGCCGGAGUCAACAGGCCGUCCCAGCCGACGCCGGGCAUGGUGCAGCAGGUGCGCAUGACUGGUGCCAGUGCGAGCAACCUUGCUGCGCAAUUGGGAUUUAAGCCUAACCAAGCCAUGAAGUUGGUGACUGUUUCAACACCAAGUGGUGGCACCACCACGGUGGUCACGAGGAUGCCCCCUCAGUUGCAGGUGGCCAGCCCCAGCACGCCCACGAGCAUGCCCGUACCCGUCCAGCUGAUCGCCAACACCGGAACUCCUUCUCAACAGGUGAAGUCGGUGUCGCUGCCGAGUGGCACCGCAACAAGCGGCACGGUGGUCCGCACGGUCGCGGUGGUGUCUUCGGCGUCGUCCACCCCAUCCACGGUGUCCCAGACGGUCAAGUUCAUCGACCUCACGCAGGAGGAAGAGGGACACGCCAAAGUCAUCUCGAUGCCUGCCAUGUCGAUGGCCGGAAACACCGUGCAGAAGAUCUCAAUGCCGUCGUCGGCCAUUCCUGUGCUGAGCGCCGCUCCGACGUCGCUCGUUCAGGUGACCCCUUCGGCCAGCCAGCCGGUGCUGCGGGCGGCGACGGCGGUGUCGUCGGGGGUGGUGACGCAGGCGGGCGGCAGCUUCCGGCUGACGCCGUCGAUGAUGGCGCAGCCGAGGGUGACGUACCUGGUGCCCAGCCUGCCGCCCGGGAUGGUAGUGACUCCCAAGGAGUCUGGGCCCCGGAUCAUCUCGGGAACGCCAGGUUCAGGCACCGCCAUGCCCAUGCAGACGAUCCUACUACGCAUGGCCUCGCCGCAGGGUGGCUUCACCACAGUCCCAGGCAACGCCAUCACCAUGGGCAGCCUGACCCCGAUGCCCGGCGGGCCCGGCGGCCCCGGCACCACCAUGAUGGUCCAGGCGCCGGCGGGAUCCCAGGUUCGCAUGAUCCGGGCUCCGCCCCCGCUGAGCCUCCCGCGCGGCGGCACCACCCUCACCCUCCCGCCGGGCACCACCCUCGUGCGGGGUCCCCCCAACCAGGGGGGCGGGGUCACCCUUGUGGGCGGGACCCCCGUGGGCGGAGUCUCGGGCGGUCCCGCCUCCUCCUCCACGACGACGGUGCGGGUGCCCGUGCCCGUGCCGGUCUCGAAACCCGCGGGAGUGGCGGAGACCACCCGGGGCUCGCCGGUGGUGCCGGUGGGCGCCGCCAUUGCGGUGCCGGCCGGCACGUCUGUGCUGGGGAAGGUGGACACGCCCGCGUCGGCCACGGCCCCGCCUCCGGUCGCCAAGCACCCGGCCCCGUUGCCGCCCACCGCGCGGUACCUCGACGAUCCCAAGAAGAAGAGGCUGCCUCCAAAGCCGGCGCUCAAGAUCACCAAGGCCGCCAGCGGCCUGGUUCUGUCCUGGAACAUGACCUUCAACUCGCUGUAUGCCGAGAUCCAGACGUACCAGCUGUACGCCUACCAGGAGACCGGUGGCCCCCCGGCCACCUCGCACUGGAAGAAAGUGGGCGACGUGCGGGCGCUGCCCCUGCCCAUGGCAUGCACGCUGACUCAGUUCGUGGAAGGACACAAGUACCACUUCGCCGUGCGUGCCGUGGACAUCCACAACAGGCUCGGGCCCUUCAGCGAACCUUCCAGCAUCCUGCUCAAGUAAAGACGCCAACAGGACGCUCUUCAGCGGCCCGCAUCGCUGUCCCGGUGCGUCGUCGCUUCCGUGAGGCGAAGCACGCCUCGAUGCAUCUCCGCUGGAGGGCAAGGAACUACUCCUCCCUAGGUUCAUCAUUCCCGGAGAUUGAGACUUUGUUGCCAUCAGCGCUGUGCGAGGCGAGCCAGUUGCUAUCAUCCGUGGCUUGCUCGGUACAUAUCUGUGUAGCGCCGUGACGACAAGUUUAGGGGACCGCGCCUUAUCGUAUCAUCAUUUAAGACAGUGAUCUGCGUCCAUUUGAUCGUCAUCCCUCCAGGACUAGUGUGCCGCCACUCAACUUCCCGGCUAUCCCCUCGGGUGGUCUUUUGGGAAUGUUACAACUGCUUGUUCAAGUUAGGUGCCCUGGAAAGACUGAAAUGGGUUUUUCAUCUUGAGAGUCAUGCUUGUCUUUUUCUUGUAGUAGGUAAGGUACUGGAUUGCUGUGCAACACCAGUUGGUGCAGUUUCCCGUGGCAGACUGCAGAACUUUGCUGGUGUCCGUACGGCCUAUGGACCACUUUUCCUCAUUCAUCCUGGGAAGGAACGACACCAUCGUCAUUGAUUUAAAAGCGUGUUCCCAUUCCUACGUCGACUCGCGGCCUUUGGCGUUGUGCUGUCGCCGGAGCAUCCCUACAUGGACAUCCUUCACGUGUGCUGUAGCACAGUGUGGAAAUGUAGAAGUGCUUCACGGAGGCCCUGCUGACUCUUUGCUCGGGAUUUGCGGAGGCCCCGGUGUCAGCAUCUAAAAAUAUCGAGAAUGCAAUACCGUAGAUUUUCUCGUAUGACUAAGGUAGGGAGGGAAGGAUAGGAGCUAUUUGGGCCGAAACAUGGGGACACUUGUUUCUUUGCGUGUGUUUUGGCAGGGCUUACUUUUGUUUGUGAAAGAGGAGAGCUGGCAUGUUCUCACUGGAGGAACAGGGAUUUCUGUGCCUUCUCCACUUUCAAGGACUUCUGCAAUUAGGAGGGGUCAAGUUUUGCACUUUGUGGAGUUUCACAUUUUUGGUUGCUCUUGUUUAGAUUCUUCAAUAAACCAGGUGUGUGAAUAUGUU